GAACUGUUGAUUGGAAAAUCUUUUCCGUCAAAUUAGACAAAGUAAUGUUGAAGUGUGAACAAUAAGCCGAGAAAAGUAUAAGAGUUUAGGAAAUAUCCGCUGGACUCGAUCGAUGCGAAGACAAUUGUUUCACCAACUCGACGCUUCACAAAGAACGCGAUUGACUUCAAACCGAAACAGGAGUUGACACGUUAUGACUGUAUUUUGUUCAUAAACAGGAAAGUUGCAAGAGUUGUGUAUUWUAAGAGGCUUUCGAGUAAGAAAUCUUACGUGCAAUAAUCUUUAUAUGCAAAGGUAUUAGAGUUCUUGUACGGCAUGGUUUAGCUGCGUCAAUAGAGUCAAAUCUGUUCCUCCUGACUGACAAGAUAUGGCGAACAUGUCACUUAAUGGUAGCACUAUCUUAACUCAAAGUACUCCAACUCGUUCAGCAUCUACAAAAGUCAUUUAUACACUAGUUCUAGCUACAAUAAUGGUUCUUAUAGCUGUUGGCAAUAUUCUUGUACUUGUUGUCCUUCAUCACCAACGUAAGCGGCCUAGUCUUCGAGUAACAAACCUAUUCUUAGCGAAUCUAGCAGUGGUUGACCUUUCCAUUGGACUGCUUCUUUUACCUAUGUCCAUAUGUUUAGUUCUCGUUGGAGGUUGGAAGUUUGGUCAUGCUUUUUGUCAAAUAAAUGGUUUCAUAAAUAUGACUUCAGGAGCUACUUCAAUCCUUACAUUGGCAGCAAUUAGUCUUGACAGAUACUUUGCCAUCGUGGCUGGCAAUAAGCUCAGUUCGAAACAAGCGUUGGCUCUUCUUGGUGUUGUCUGGUUUUGGGGUGUACUUAUUGGUCUUCUUCCAGUACUGGGCUGGAAUCACUACAAAUAUGGUUCGUAUGGAUCCCUGUGUAAAACAUCCUUUGAUUACGACAAAGGUUAUAUUUUAUUCACAGCCGUCACGUGCUUUGGUAUACCACUGGUCAUAAUGAUUUACUGUUAUAUGCGAGUCUUCCUUCGAGUUAGAAGACACCGUAAGYURAUGCAGCACUGGCAGAGACGACGCGAAUCGAGUACAAAAAACACUAGAAACAUGACAAGUGAAAUGCGAACAGCAAAGAUUGUCGUCACAGUAGUGCUUGUGUUCGCGGCUGCUUGGACACCAUUUGUUCUUGUUCACAUACUACAACUUUCUCCCGACAUUCAYAUUCCUGGAAGUGUCUUUACACUUGUGACUUUGUUCGCAGCAAUGCAUUCAUUCUGUAACCCGAUUAUUUACACAUCAAUGAACAGAAAAUUCCGCGCCGAUUUGMUGCAACUAUUUCCAUGCUUGAAAAGGAUUGUUUGCUGCUGGUCAUGUUGCUGUAAAGAAUCUCUCAAUGAAGUGAACGAUUUCGUCAUGGAGCCGAGUAGGACUGGGUURAGGAUGUCUCAGAUCGAUUCAUAUAAGGGUGGUAGUAUAGUAGUCUUUCAUGGACAGCGGAAUGGACCAGCAAAACUGGACAAUCACGAAACUGCCAUAAAGGAAGAGAACGAUAAUCUAGGUAAUCAUGACGGAAUCAAUGGAACAGAGAAUAAUGUUAACGAAGCUUAUCAAGUCAAAUAAGAUGAGAAAUUUUCUUGUAUGUAGAAUCUAGUACUACUGCAAAACGCCGCCAUGCCAGCACGAUUCCAUGCUGAGUAAAAACCAGAUUGAAUUAAAGAGACAAUGUCAAUGGAUGACAUGCGCGAGUAAACUUGAAAACAUUAGGCUAGU